CUCCUCUAGCGAUAGUGCCUAUAAAUCUCCUUGAGUUAUUUAGUUCUAUUAAAUCAUUAAGAGAACACAAAAUCAAAAUGUCUUCUGCUACUGCGACGAAGUACGAUGUCUUUCUGAGUUUCAGAGGACUCGACACUCGUCGCAACUUCAUCAGUUUUCUCUACAAAGAAUUGGUUCGAAGAAACAUUCGUACCUUCAAAGACGACAAGGAGCUUGAGAAUGGCCGGAGGAUUUCGCCGGAGCUCAAACGCGCCAUCGAGGAGUCGAAAUUCGCCGUCGUUGUUGUCUCUGUGAAUUACGCUGCGUCUCCUUGGUGUCUCGAUGAGCUCGUGAAGAUCAUGGAUUUCGAAAACAAGGGUUCGAUCACUGUGAUGCCUAUCUUCUAUGGCGUGGAUCCGUGUCAUUUGAGGAGACAGAGCGGAGAUGUCGCUGAACAGUUUAAGAAGCACGAGGCUAGAGAAGAAGAUCUUGAUAAAGUAGCUUCAUGGAGACGAGCAUUGACCAGUUUGGCGAGUAUCUCCGGCGAUUGUUCAUUGAAAUGUGAGGACGAAUCGAAGCUGGUCGACGAAAUUGCUGACAAGAUAUCAAAAAAGCUGAUGGUUGUAACAACAAUAAGCAAUGGGAGUAACCUAGUUGGGAUUGAUACACACAUGAAGGCUCUUAACCGAAAAUUGGAUUUGAAUUCCAACAAAGGUUUGAGAGUGGUUGGGAUUUGGGCAAGAGGGUACAAUGGUAGAUCGGCUUUAGCUAAAUAUGUUUAUCAGGAAAUCUGUCAACACUUUGAAAGCCAUUGUUUCUUGGGAAGCGUGAAAAGGAUUUCACAUGGUCGCCACUUGUCGCAUCUACACGAAGAGUUUCUGAUAAGGAUUCAAGGAGAAUACGUGAGUAAACAGAAUCUCAAGAACCAAAAGGUUCUGCUUGUGGCUGAUGAUGUCAAUAAGCUUGAACAGUUAGAUGCUCUUGCAGAGGACUUCAACUCUUUUGGUCCGGGGAGUGUUGUUAUUAUUACCACACAAGACAAGCAGCUGUUUGUUUCUGCUGGUAUAAAGCUUGUUUAUGAAGUAGAGCUUUUGAGAUUCCAGAAAGUUUGUGAACUCAUCCGAACAUUCGCCUUUAAAAAGAGAGACAUUUCUGCUGCGUUACAGUUGGUUUACUACAGGGCAACAAAUCUUGCCACGAAAUGGUUUGGUUGUAUAAGUGGUAGAUCUAGUUAGGGGAAAGUGUUAUAAUCAAUUUUAAAGCUAAAUCCCAAUUAGGCAUUACGUUUUGAUCAAGUUUGAAGCCUCCCCAAAGAAGCUUCCGGUUGCCAUCCAAUCCUUUUAUUACCUUGUUUUCCUUUCUAAUCGUGUAGAAGCGAGCUCUUUGGCAAAGAGUUUCGUGCUUAAUUGUGCUUUUGUAUCUUCGGUUUAAUUAAUCUAAGGAAGUUGUGAAAAAA